CUGUCGUCGACGACACCAGUAUCACCGACCUCAUCGUCUAACUUAGAUACAUCUUCCUCAGCCACUAGCACUGAUCCAUUCAGAACAUCACCCACGACAACAGCAGUUACAACGUCUACGUCGAGCUCCACUUCAUCCACGACUACAGGGCCCACACAAAGUACAUCUACAGCGUCUACUACAACUACGACGACAUCAUUAACGACUACUACACCGCCACAGACAGAGAUGAAGAUGUUUGGAUCGGAGACGUUGCUUGACUACGGAGCAUCGUCUGUCAUCUGCGGCGUGUCACAUCCGUACAAUUGGGAAUACGUCAGAAUACGCCACGUCGACAUGAGCGGAAAGAAGAGAGAGAUCUGCAGAAUUGCUAAGGGAUCCAGCCCACAACUCGACAGCGCCAUGGACGCGAACAAAGUCUCGGUAACGUGGAACGUGACGUCAUCAAGUCUGUAUUUCCUAUUGGCGUUCAAGCCUGCCAACUGUGAAGACGUGGGGACGUAUUUCUGCGACCUUGUCACGGACUCGGGAACCAGAACAGCUGUUUCCACUGUCACAGUGAAAGCCGUGCCUUCAAAACCUUCUCUGACUACACCCAAGACGGUGGUUGCCGGGCGACGGACUGAGAUCUCAUGCAUGGGGAACGUCGGUUUCCCUGGGGGGAUGAUGACGUUGUAUAUCAAGGACAAGGAAACUGACGUUCUCAGGGAAAUCGGCGCGAAUGAUGGACUGACUCGGGAAUUCAGACGGGAGGAGUGUCACAAUUACGUGAAUCUCACCUAUACAUACAGUCCGCCCCAAGACGGGAACGACACCGCCAUUUUAUGUUUGACGGAAAAUAGUUUCGUAGCAACCGACGUCAUCAGAAAGACGGCGUCAGCUGAUUUGCAAGUACUCCCGGGUAAUAUACAGCAAGAAUCGAAACCAUGA